AUGCCUUCUUCAAAGCCUUUGAAGAUCAAGCCCUCUGAGGUGGCUGCCGACACGAAGAAGAAACUCAUCCCAGAGGUCAACAGACACUUCCGGGAAGAGUGGCCGCCGUACUCCGUUCUCUACUCUCAGCCGCUGCUUCAGCUUCCUCUCAGCCGCCCGAGCUUUAUUAGCUCAGAUCUGCCCAAGUUCUACGUCGUUCACAGUGACCCUGUUGACUGUGCGCUUGGCUGGGCCCAGACUGAAGGCGUCCGUAUCCCCUUCAUCUGCGCCGCGAACGAGAAACGACCCGGGGGAGACUGGGAGACGGGUGUGGUUGGUUACGAGGAGAGACUAUGCCGCCGGAGCAAUCUUUCAGCAACGCUCGCCACGCCCCAUCCAGACGCUUACAUGGCAACCAACUAUCCGAUCCCGAUGGAAGGGGCUAUCUACUCGCCCGAUGUCGUCCGAUUCCGCCAGUUCCAAGACCGAAUCGAGUCGCUCGAUAUGAAGGACUGGAGGUCGCUCCCCGUUAUCUCCAUGCCGCCGACGCGAUGGCCGAAACUCACAGACCAGGGACGGAAGUACUCCUUCUCGGAGGAGCGAGAGCUGGUGCGGAACAAGAUGCGCGCGGCGUUACGGAUUUGCGUCUUCAACGGCUACAACCACGUCGUUAUCGGCGACUUCGGCCUCGGCAAUGGCUACCGAAACCCGCCCAAAGAGCUGGCCGAGCUGUGGCGCGAUGUCUUCCUCUACGACCCGGAGCUGAGGGGCCAGUUUCUCGCCGUCAUGUUCGCCUUCGAGGACGACAGGCAGUGCACGGCCAAGUGCAUUCUCGACGACAUUGCCAAGAAGACCAAGAGUAGCAGCAGCAGCAGCAGCUCGUCCAAGAGCAAGUCCAAGAGCUCGUCGUCGUCGUCGUCGAGCUUGAGUGGCAGCUCCUCGAGCCACAAGAGUGACUUCCGAAUCUUUAGCGAGAUCUUUGCCGACAACGAGAUCGCCAGAGUCCGCAGUCAGCCUGACCCGCGCUACGCCUUCUCGGCCAUUAUGUCGGGCUCUUGA